ACUGUAGAUGUUAUAGAUGUGGUCUGACUUCCAUGGCUCUGAUUCCUGUGUCUGAUGUUGAGAUCUCGCGAGAUGUCCCCCGCGGUCACAUGAUCCCGCUGGUGCUGAACCAGGAAGUGGCGGCUUGUUUAGAGAAGAGGAGCAGAUGACUUUUCAGACAUGUCUCUCUACAGAAGCUGCUCGUUCUGUGUUUUCCUGCUCACACACUUUCACUCCCUCGUGUCCUGCGACACACUGAACCUCACCGCUGCUGUAGAACCAGCGGACCGUCCCGCCCUCCACAGCUCCCCCGUGUUCAAGCCCGUUGUGUCGGACUCCCUCAACCUGCUCGCGUCGUUCCCGGAUGACCUGGAGGUCAGCGGCUACUGCAGGGAGCUGCUGGCCGUCUUCGGGGAGCGCUACGAUGCCUACGUGAAAUGUCUGGUUCCGGCGGCUCGACCCGUCCGAGUGUGCCAGAGAUGUUUCUCCAGCUACGGCAGCCUGACGGAAAUCUACACCAACAUCUCAUCGGACCAGAUGGGUCCUGGUAAUGUGAGCUGCAGCGAGAGUCUUCUGCGCAGUGAUCGACUGAUGCUGGUUUAUCUGCUGUACAGCAACCUGGAGGACCUGUGGGGUAUAUCAAACUGUAAAAAAUGUAUCACUGAUGGAUUUCAAAGCGUGACAAAUGACACGCAGUACUUCAUGGCAACCCUCAACCAGACUCUCACCUGUUUUCAGAAGUAUCAACAGGGGAAUCUCACAGAGCUGUGCAAAAACUGUAAGGACACAUACGGUGACCUGAACAAGCUCUACAGCAGAAUGGAGAAGGAUAAGAUUCUAUGUAUUGACAUAGAAGAUGCGAUGAAUGGAACACGCAAACUGUGGAGUAAGAAUUUCAAUUGUUCCUUGUCCCGCGAGGAGACGGUGCCUGUCAUCGCUGUGUCGAGCUUCAUGCUCUUUCUGCCCAUCAUCUUCUACUUGAGCAGCUUCCUUCACUCUGAACAAAAGAAACGCAAGCUCAUACACCCCAAGCGAGCGAAGUCGUACACCAGCUUGAUGAACAUUCAGGACAAACGGAGCUGAACAGGAGAGAAGAGAUGCACUGAAAUGAUUGACAGCAUUCCUUUAUCAAGUGUUACAACCCAGGAGUAGAUUUGACUCCUGUGUCUCGUGCUUGAGGCUCGAUGGACCUUCAAUGAACGUAGAGCCCUCGCCUGCAGCUUUACUGUUGUCUUCAGGGGGCGGGGCUCUGAAACCAAUCUGUAUUCAACGGACUUAAAUCAAUGAAACUUAAAAGUGAAAUGCACUGGAUUUAUCUUAUCGCACAAAAUGGACUGUGGGCACAUUAAACAUUUGAUUUCAUAUGCUUACAACCUUUUUCUGAAAGAUAUAAUAAUAAUAAUAAUAAUAAUGUUGGAAAGCAGGAAAUAGAAACAUACAGAACUCGGAUUUUCUCCGAUUAAAAAUAAGGAAACCGUCCACACACUGUGCUUGAGUCUGCCUCUUAACGCCAGAAUUAAUAAUCAGCUUUGUUUUGUGAAGUUUGUCAGGUUUAAACUUAUAUUUUGAGCAAUGGUGGUGUGUGCUGUCAGACAGGUGUCAUGAGAAAGUGAGCGGCUUGAAUGUUGUGUGCAUGUGUGUGUCUGUGCGGUUGAGCUAAUGUGUGCACGUGCGCUAUUUAUGGGUUUGGUAGAGAAAUGGGUUUUUCUGUCUCUAAUAUAUUUCCAGAAGAGAGCUACAAAAAGGAAGCACUUGAUGUCCAUUAGUGGUGACAUGUAUCUGCUGUAAGGAGAGGGACUCACAUGAGCUGGGUGGGUUAAUAAAGACGUAACACACAUAAUGUAAGAGCACUCUUUGACUGUGAUGUUACCUGUUUUCCAGGCAGUGUGUUUUUUUGUGGUUUCAUAAAGCUUGUAAUGUGCUUUGUUGUCAUUUCCUACUGAUGUUUAACUUAAUUUGUUAAGGGUUUGUGACUGCACGUGGCGGCAGAGUCUCUUCUAUGAGUUGAGUUGAUGAGUGUGCCUAUUGAAAAAAUGCAUUUGCUGUGAAGAAACCCUAAUUUUGAAUGCAUUUGCCCAAAUAAAUAUUUUUAUGUCAUGAGCAUUAA